AUGAUAAAAUUUAAUUUAUUUUCUCCAUUUUUUAAAUGGAAAAAUCCCAUUAUCCGAAAAUACUCAUGUAGUAAUACUUCUGGUAUAAAAAUAUGCAUCGUAGGAAGUGGUCCUGCCGGUUUUUACAGUGCUCAACAAUUGAUUAAGAUAUCGCCCAACGUGGUCGUAGACAUUUACGAACGUCUUCCUGUACCUUUCGGUUUGGUUCGUUACGGCGUCGCUCCAGAUCACGCAGACGUGAAAAACGUUAUAAACACUUUUACCAAAACGGCUAAAAAUUCAAAUGUUAAUUUUUACGGGAACAUUUGUUUAGGAAUCGACAUAACACUUCAAGAUUUAAUUAAUUCUUAUCAUGUCGUUUUACUUACGUAUGGAGCGGAAGAAGAUAGAAAACUCAACAUAGAGGGUGAAAAAUUAAAAAACGUCAUUUCCGCUCGUCGUUUUGUCGGUUGGUAUAACGGUUUACCAAACGACAGGAAUUUAAAUGUGGAUUUAAAUGGUGAAAAUGCCGUUAUAAUAGGGCAAGGAAACGUGGCCAUAGACGUGGCUAGAAUUCUUUUGUCGCCAAUUGACAAAUUGAAACACACAGACAUCACAGAAUAUGCUUUGGAAGCAUUAAACGGAUCCAAAGUUAAAAAUGUUUGUUUGAUAGGACGAAGGGGGCCCCUUCAAAUCGCUUGCACAAUUAAAGAAUUGAGAGAAAUGAUAAAAAUGCCUGGAGUUUGUACUAUACUCGAUAGGAAUGAUUUUGUGGAAAUUGAAAAAAUAAUUCCAGGUUUAGGUAGACCGAGAAAAAGAUUAACGGAACUCAUGUAUAAUACAUCAAUAAAAAAUGAUAUGAAUAAUGAAAUGAAUAAUGAAAAAAAAUUUCAAAUCAUAUUUAAAAGAACUCCAUUAGAAUUAUUGGGAAAUGGAAAAGUCGAGAAAAUUCGAACGGGUGUUAACGUUUUGGAAGGGGAAAAUGUGGAAACUCAAACGGCAAAAAUAACAAAUGAAAUUAUUGAGAUACCUUGCGAUUUAUGUUUGAGGAGCAUCGGAUACAAAAGCAUUCAAGCCGAACCUAACAUACCUUUCGAUUUUAAAAAAGGAAUUAUAGAAAAUAAAAAUGGAAGAAUAUUACCGGGACUUUAUAGUAGCGGUUGGGUUUCAACAGGUCCUGUAGGAGUCAUACUAUCAACAAUGAAUAAUGCUUUUACAACAGCUCAAAUAAUACAAAAAGACAUAGAAGAAAAAUUACUCGACGUCGAGAAUGGGAAACCCGGUUCGGAAAAUAUUUUAUCAUUGGUUAAUAAAAAAGGUAUUCAAAUCGUUCGAUUCGAAGAUUGGGAAAAAAUCGAUAGGGAAGAAGAAAAACGUGGAAAAAUAAAAGGAAAACCGAGAGAAAAAAUUGUUACCAUCGAAGAAAUGUUAAAAAUAGCUUGCUGA